ACAUUUAACGAGCGAAACGAAGAACCAAGGAGGGAAGAGUAAUCCAGAGCUUUAUCUCUUCAGUUCCUCCUCUCUCAUGGCGUCCCUGUCCGCCUAUCGUAUCCAUCUCUCACAUCCUUCCUCUCCUUCCUUAAACAAUGGAAGGCUCUCCACCUCUCUCUUUCCUUCAUCGGUCAGCUUGAGUUCAAACACCCGUUUUUCUCUGCAAUUUCUGAACAGAAAAUCCGUUCUUUCAACUUCAAGGUCUCUUACCGUGAAAUCAAUGGCGCCUCCCAAACCUGGAGGAAAACCCAAGAAAGUAACUGGAGUGAUUAAGCUUGCUCUAGAGGCAGGGAAGGCCACUCCCGCACCACCUGUCGGUCCGGCUCUUGGUUCUAAGGGUGUCAAUAUCAUGGCUUUCUGCAAGGAUUACAAUGCAAGAACUGCCGACAAAGCGGGUUAUGUGAUUCCAGUAGAAAUUACAGUCUAUGACGACAAAAGCUUUACUUUUAUUUUGAAGACCCCGCCUGCCUCUGUUUUGCUCCUUAAAGCUGCAGGAGUGGAGAAAGGUUCUAAAGACCCAAAGAGAGAGAAAGUGGGGAAGGUCACAAUUGACCAGUUACGUGCAAUUGCAACAGAAAAGCUUCCAGACUUAAACUGUUCGACCAUUGAAUCAGCAAUGAGAAUUAUUGCUGGCACUGCUGCUAACAUGGGCAUUGAUGUUGACCCUCCUAUUCUGGAACCCAAAAAGAAGAAUGGCUUUUUGUACCAUAAAGAGUCUUACACUGCCUUACGUAUUGAGCGGACAUCUCUGGGAAGGUUGAUAGGUGAGUUGUCACAGACGAGACUAGCUGAUUUUGAUCAUCAGUUGUCACGGUGACCGGAAUAGCUGAUUGAACCACAAUUUUGGAACAAAGUUUGGCCUGAAAAGCGUAUUGUACAGCAAAAAUAUUUUGCACAAAUCUGGUCUCAUUCCUGCAAUGUGCAAGCAUUUAUGAAUUUGUGUAGGGGAGCCACUUGGGUCAGGUUGGAUUAGGGAUGGCAAUGGGACGGGUUUGUAAAUUCUAGACCCUAUCUGUUUCCCUAAACCUCCCAACCUAUAUCCACCCCAAAACUCGUAGCAGGUUAGAUUUUGAAAAUCCAAA